CAAAUCUUUUAAACCUCUAAUUGAGGUGAUGGAGGAACUAGGGAUUGAAAGAUGAACGAAUCCAAAGAAGAGAUUGGGGAACGAAUAAGGAUUUUGCCUGAGAUUUAAGGGUUUAUUAGAUUCAACUUCAAGAAGGCCAAAAUAGAGAAGACACAGUCCAAGGCUCUGGCUUCGAUUCUACGACCACCAUAAAGUUAUCACUCAACUCGUCAAUAAUUAAAUAACAUGCCUGAUAAUUUGUUAGGAAGAGAAAACAAAAUAAUAAUUGCAGGGUCUGGGCUGGACCGAGUUUAGGCCGAGUUUAGGCUCGUUAGUGUUAGUUUUGUAGGGCUUCCUUGUGAUUUGAUUGACAAGGGAACUCGGUAGAGAAAAGAAAAAAAAAUCUAGACUUUGCGAAUUGUACUCUGAAACCUCGAGUCCAAGAUCGAGGUAACUCGCCAGAUUGUUGCUUACUUUGUGGUACUUAGGUUUUUCGUACUACCAAUGGCUGGGGUUAUGCAGAAGUUCCUUAUUGCGUCGAUGUUCAUGUGGAUCCUACCUAUUGCGAUUCUAUAUGGAUUCAACAAUGAUUUGCUUCCUGGUUCAACCACAUUGACUCCACAUUCUCUUACACUACUUAGUGGAUUUCUUGCGGUGGUAUCAGUCAAUGUAGUGAUUGUUUUCUACAUCUGUUUGGCCUUGAAAGAACCUACGGAUAAACACAAGCCAGACGCUUCCUUUGUGGCAGAGGCCAAAGAUAGUGUAAAGAAAUUGACAACAGGAGUCACAAGUACAGACCCUGCGCUCAAGAAAGAAGAGUGAGCAAAACCACAUCCCCUUAUUUGAAAACAAGGAACAGCGUCGAAAUCGCGUCAGAUGGAGCAGAGCUCAGGUUCUUGCAAUGUAUUUAUUUUGUAACUGCAGAAGUUUCUUGGCUGCUAUAUCAUUCUGUAUUGUUACAUCUGAGGGUUUUUUGGUGGUUGAGCAGAAACAUACGCCAUUUUGAUGUUGAACAGAGUCGAGCUGAUGCUUUAGGACAAAAGUUCUCAAAACCUUAACAGUUGUGACUUGUCUAAUUUUAAGCAAGUUAUCUGUUUUUCCCCA